UCCUUACUUGCAUGAUACUAUCCAUUAUAUUUCGUUUUGCAAAAAAAUUCAGAGCUACUUGAAAUAAUUCAGUAUCGACUCAAGAUCAGACAGAUAUAUUAUACUAUAAUAAUAUUAUUCCAAUAUAUUAUAACACCAAAAUAGAGCCCAAUAUGUCAGCUGCCAACAAAGUUUUGAAUAUUACUCCAACUUCUCUUGAAUUACAAGUCGCUCAAGCUCUUGUUGACUUGGAAGCUCACUCUCCAGACUUAAAAGCUGACUUAAGACCUUUACAAUUCCAUGCUGUCAAAGAAGUUGAUAUUACCGGUGGUAAAAAAGCUAUUAUUAUUAUGGUUCCAGUUCCAUCUUUGAGUUUAUUCCAUAAGGUUCAAACUAGAUUAACUAGAGAAUUGGAAAAGAAGUUUUCUGAUCACCAUGUUAUCUUUUUAGCUCAACGUCGUAUUUUACCAAAACCAGGUCGUCGUGCCAGACAAACUCAAAAGAGACCAAGAUCAAGAACUUUGACAGUUGUUCACGAUAAAAUUUUGGAAGAUUUAGUUUAUCCUACAGAAAUUGUUGGUAAGAGAGUUAAAUAUUUAGUUGGUGGUAGCAAAAUUCAAAAGAUUUUAUUAGAUUCCAAGGAAUCCUCAUCUGUUGAUUAUAAAUUGGAGACUUUCCAAUCUGUUUACAAGAAAUUAACUGGUAAACAAGUUGUCUUUGAAAUUCCAAAUGAAGCCUUUUAAAUUGAAAUUGUUGAACUAUUUCAUAAAUAAAUAUAUAUAAAUAAACUAAUUAAUUGAUUAAUUAACUAACUAUUUAAUGGAUUGAUUUGUUAAUUUAGUAACCAAUUUUAAUAAAACCGCUUUACAAACAUUAAAUAA